CUCGAUUUUGUUUGGUGAAGGAUAUCGUUGUUCAAGAAUAGAUUUUAUAUACAAAACAAUUGUUGAUACGAAAAUUGUUUGACGUCAUGCAUGAGAAUUAUGACUUUAAAUACAUCGCGUUGUAAUAGUAUUGAGUAGAUUUAUUCCAUGGCAAGAUUGAGCUGUACAUAAUGGAUGUAACAUUGCUCUCUCAUAUGAAGCACUCGGCUAUCAAAUGAUUUUUGCAACAUUUUAUUCUGGAUUAAAAAGAUAUGAAUGAAGAUAAAAAGCAAUGGUCCUACCUUUGUUCCGGAGCGCAUCGAGAAGCAGACGAUUAUAGUUCUGCAAUAUCUUUAAUGCAACCUGGCAUUUAUCAUCCCUGCAAAAAAACAUUGAACCCGAAAGCGAUAAGAAGAAAAUACUUACGGGCCGUGUUUAAGAAUGGAGAAUUCAAUAUUUAUAGAACACCAAUGAAAGCACUGAAGUUGUUUUCGGAUUAUUUUAUCUUGCUCGUAGAGACGAGAUGGAGAUGGACGCUUUUGAAUUUCUUCACCGCAUUCACUUGCAUUUGGUUAUUCUUUGGUUUCAUUUACUGGACAAUUUCUUUGAACCACGACGACUUUAACGACGAUCAUUUACCUCCGUAUCAAAACAUCACAGGAUUCACGCCUUGCAUCAAAAAUAUUUACGGAUUCACAUCUGCUUUCUUGUUCAGUGUCGAAGUACAUACAACAGUCGCUUACGGUCGAAGAGCUAUCACACUUGAAUGUCCAGAAACAAUUAUUGCAAUGUGCCUGCAAUGUAUUGUGAGCUCUAUAUUCCAAGCUAUAAUGGUUGGAAUCCUUUUCGCUAAAUUAACCCGACCACGAGCGAGAACACAAACAAUUCUCUUUAGUAAGCAUGUAGUUAUAAAUGUGAGGAAUGAAAAAUUUUGUCUUAUUUUUCGAGUUGGUGACAUGAGGAAAUCAAGAAUACUCUACAUACAACCGAAAGCCUAUGUUUUAAGGUUUAACACAGAUUAUAAUGUACUCGACGAUUCAGAACAAAUUGAAUUAAAAUUGGAUAUAGAUGAAUGCGAAUCGACAUUUUUCCUUUGGCCAGUAACAGUGGUCCAUGUGAUUGAUGAAAGCAGCCCUUUUUAUGGAUUAUCAGCGGCUGAUCUUCUGUGUACUAAAUUAGAAAUUCUUGUUCUAUUUGAAGGUAUAAUUGAGUCGACUGGUCAACCUGUUCAAGCCAGGUCGAGUUUUACUGAAUACGAUAUUCUUUGGGGUCAUAGGUUUGUUCCAAUGGUUGGUUAUAAUUUGGACAAAAUGCUGUACGAUGUGGACUUUUCUAAGUUAUCUGAAGUUCAGCAAGUCGAUACACCUCUCUGUUCACCAAGUGAAUAUGAUAAUAUUUUGCUAAUGUUUCCAAAUGAAAUUGAUAAAUAUGAAAUAGAAUAAUAUAUAUUUAUAUAAUAAUACUAUAAAUACAUAUAUGAGCCAAGAUGGUCCAUUGGAUAGCACUCGUGAAUCUUAAUCGAAAAUUCGGGUAAAUUUCCCCUGGCAAACAUUUCUGAAUUUUCAUUUGCACAACACAAUGUGGGGAAACCUGCUUGUGUCUGUAGGAAAAAAAACACCUACAUUGGAGCAGCGUAGUGGAAUAAGGUCCACACCUCAAAACUAGAAGAGUCCUUAGCCCAGUAGUGGGACAUUAACGACCUUUACUUUAUUUUUAUUUUAAUAAUUUUAACUGCAUUUAUACCAUCAUUUAAUAAAACUUAAUUAAUUUUAAAUUAAUUAACCUGAA